AGUCGGACCCGGUCUAGAUGUCUGCGAUAGGGAUGAGGAUCACUGCCGCUGUGUUCUGUCUGUGUUUUUGGGUAAACGCUGGCAUCCAUGCAACUAGAACAGGUCCAAAGUGUGGAGCUCCUCAGGUGUGGAGUCCGAUGGGUCACUUUAUGAGGGUGGUUGGAGGGACUGAGUCCACAUAUGGACGACACCCAUGGCUGGUUUCUCUGCGGAACAAGGGCUUUCAUUUCUGUGGAGGUUCCAUCCUGUCUGAGCGCUGGAUAAUCACCGCUGCACACUGCUUUUCAUCUCUAUCGAAAGAGUUUCUCAGUGGUGUUAAAGUGGUGGUUGGAGAUUUCGACCUGAGAGUAACUGAUGAAGAGGAGCAGGUGUUUCAUAUCAAGACAGUCUGGGUUCAUGAGAAGUAUCAGCGAACUCUGCCCAUGACCUACGACGUGGCUCUGCUGGAGCUGGAUCGACACAUUCACAUGGGAAACCAUGUUCAGCCAAUAUGUCUUCCACUCCCUGAUGACAACACCCCGCCUGAAACCAGUUGCAUUGUGGGUGGAUGGGGGAGAAUGAGGGAAAAGGGUCACCUUCCUUCAGUUCUGAGGGAGGUCCAGUUGGACUUGGUGGAUCCAUCCAAGUGUAAGCGGGUCCUCCAGACUGUGAAGAGUUCAGUUCUUACCCUGGGACCAAACGGGUCCCAGCCAGCCAUGACAGUUUUAUGUGCCGGGCCCGAGAGAGGAGGCAGAGACGCCUGUCAGGGGGACUCUGGAGGUCCUCUGGUAUGUCCGGCGGGGUCAGCGGGAGGUCAUUUGGUGGCGUUGGGCAUAACUUCCUGGGGUAAGGGCUGUGGUCGGAGCUGGGAAAAGAACAGAAGCCUCCCUCCGUCCAGAAGAGGAUCUCCAGGCCUGUUCACUGAUGUCAGACUGCUGCUGCCCUGGAUCAAAGAAAAACUCAAACAGGGUGAUGAGCAGCAUCCGGGACUGACUUCAUCAAGACUCUGCAGUGUCAAAGACGGGUCUGUAACUGACAUCGAGGGGGUGAUCAGAAACCCCGCCCUCCCCGGUGAUUGCUAUGACAACAACGAGCUGUGUGUGUGGAACAUCAGGGUUCCUCCAGGUUUCAGUAUUCUGCUGGAGUUGGAUCAUCUGGACUUAGAGAACGACUCCUACUGUCGAUACGACCGGCUGUCUGUGUCAGUCGGAGCUCAUAGACCUGUGGGAAUAUUCUGUGGAGGUAUCCUUCCCAGCCAGGUGCUUCUGAAUAAUUCCCAUCAUGCAACACUUCUCUUCUCAUCUGACAUUAGUGUUGCAGGAAGUGGCUUUGUGAUGAGGCAUCGUGCUGUUCAGGGAAACGCUGAUCCUGCCUGCAGGAUAGUUAUUCUAGUUGAGCACCAGUCUACUGUCCACAGCCCAAAUUACCCACAAUCCUACAGUAACGAUUGUGUGAUCCGAUGGGUGGUGUACGCUCCACUGGGUCACGUUAUUAAGUUGGAAUUUGCAGAUUUUGACCUGGAGGAGUCAGACGGAUGCCUGUACGAUUCCCUCACGGUUCUGGGAGACGUGGAAGGGACAGAAGAAAUAGCGUUGCUGUGUGGCAGCAGUGUUCCACCUCCUGUCCUCUCCUACCACAGCGUCAUGGUGCUUCAGUUCACCUCAGACGGCAGCGUCACACACAAAGGCUUCAGAGCUGGACUACAGUUCAUCAGCCAAUCAGAUCUGCAUCAUCAGGGUGGACCGUUCGAGCAGAGUCACAGUCAGAGUCACACUGAGGAUUUGGAAGUGAACCAGCAACGCUCCACAUCACAUGUGGACGUAGAUGCAGCAGAACCGGUCCGACGGCAGCGUGGCAGCAGAGUCCAACCCCACCUGGAUGAUGUGGAUCCGACCCCAGAGGACUCCACAGAACAUGUGGAUGUGGGUCCAGAUGAUGAGGACUAUGUCAGUGAGUCCUCAGGGACUGAACAGUAACAUGGUGGACAAAAAGAACAAAACGGAUGUUCAUGUAAAGCAGAAGGACUUUAAAACGAUGCUGCAUUAGCAUUUUCCAAAUCACUCCCAUCCCAGGAGGCAUUUCUGCAUCACAAUUAUAACGCUUGAUUUGAUUAAAAAUAAUUAUCCACUUAUAUGCCUUGACAACGCUUUCCAUAAUUAAUGUAGGACUAAGUACCAUGUUAUAUUAAAGACAA